AUGGCGGACGGGGACAGCGGCAGCGAGCGCGGCGGCGGCGGCGGCGGCGGGUUCGGGGCCGCCCGUGGCGGGGCGGGGGGGGCCGGGCCCGCGGCGGGGCCCGGCGGCGGCGGCGGCGCGGCCGGCCCCGAACAGGAGACGCAGGAGCUGGCGUCCAAGCGGCUGGACAUCCAGAACAAGCGCUUCUACCUGGACGUGAAGCAGAACGCCAAGGGCCGCUUCCUCAAGAUCGCCGAGGUGGGCGCGGGCGGCAACAAGAGCCGCCUGACCCUCUCCAUGUCGGUGGCCGUCGAGUUCCGCGACUACCUGGGCGACUUCAUCGAGCACUACGCGCAGCUGGGCCCGUCCAGCCCCGAGCAGCUCGCCCAGGCCGCGGGGCCGCCGGGCGAGGACGGCGCCGGGCCCCGCCGCGCCCUCAAGAGCGAGUUCCUGGUGCGGGAGAACCGCAAGUACUACCUGGACCUGAAGGAGAACCAGCGCGGGCGCUUCCUGCGCAUCCGCCAGACCGUGAACCGCGGCCCCGGCGGCCCGGGGGGGUUCGCGGGGGGCCCCCCGGGGCUGCAGAGCGGCCAGACCAUCGCGCUGCCCGCCCAGGGCCUUAUCGAGUUCCGCGACGCGCUGGCCAAGCUCAUCGACGACUACGGCGGCGAGGAGGACGAGCUGGGCGGCCCCGGCGGCGGCGGCCCGGGCGGCGGGGGGCUCUACGGGGAGCUGCCCGAGGGCACGUCCAUCACCGUGGACUCCAAGCGCUUCUUCUUCGACGUGGGCUGCAACAAGUACGGCGUGUUCCUGCGGGUCAGCGAGGUGAAGCCGUCCUACCGCAACGCCAUCACCGUCCCCUACAAGGCCUGGGCCAAGUUCGGCGGCGCCUUCUGCCGCUACGCCGAGGAGAUGCGCGACAUCCAGGAGCGCCAGCGGGACAAGCUCUACGAUCGGCGCGCCGGCCCCCCCGGGCCCGGCAGCGGCAGCGGAGCCGGCGACGACUCUGACGGCGACGACGUGGACGACGACUGAGCCGACCCCCACCCAGCCCUCGACCCCCCGAGCCCCGGGGCAGAGGGGCCCCCCGAUCCCCCCUCCCAGUGACGGGGCAGAGGGGUUCCCAAACCCCCGAGUCUCCUCCCCCAAAACAGCAAUGGGGCAAAGGGGUCCCCGAGCCCACCCCCCUCCCAGCGACAGGGUGAAGGGGACCCCAAACUCCCCUAUGCCCCCGCUCCCAGCAACGGGAUGAAGGGUCCCCGAGCCCCCCCCGGCAGUGGUGGGGCGCGGGGGUCUCCGAAACACCCCCGAGCCCCCCCUCCUGCAGCCACCGGAGAGAGAAACCGGCCCGACCGCACCGCUGCCCGCGGCUCCUCCCCCUGCUCUGUCCCCGCCGUGGGCCCCCCAAGACUCGCUGCUUUGGGGAGGGACAGGGGCUGACCCGCAGCCCCCUCUCCUCCCAAUGCCCCCCAUUGAAACCAGCACCGAGGGCCCCGGAGCCGGGGGGCAGCCGCGGCGCCGGGGGGCAGCAGGGGCACCUUGGACCAACGGCCGUUCCCUCGGCUUGUGAUUUUUCCUUCAUUCUCUUUUUUUUUUUUUUCCCUCCUUUUUCUCCUCUUUCCACGUUGUUUUUUUUUUUUUUGUCGGUUUUUUGGGAUGCAAACUGCAAACUCCGGGCACCCGAACUGGAACCUGCCCCGAGCCGGCGCGGAGCUGCGGCUCUCUGACAAUUAGGGAAGAUCUCCUCGGUUUUGCCGAUUUCAGACCGUUCCCCCCCCCACCUCCCUUUUCCCGCCGGGAAGGGGGAGGCGCCGACACAAAGCACAAGGAAAAGCUCGACGGGGCGAAACAUCUUCCCCUUCUCUCCAAAUAAGGCGCCUCCGGCCCCGAUUCACCGGGACCCGCCGGAAUCCGCCCCUUGGCUUCACCCAAAUUGGAUUUUCCGGCCCCAAACCCGUGGCCGCGCCCGGCCUCGGCCCCUUGGGGGUGGUUUUAGGGGGGUUAUUGUUAUUUUUUGCCUCUUUUUGUCUUUUUUUGCCCCCCCCCCGGGCCCGGCCCUGGCGCCGCCCGGUCCCUCCAGCCACCUCCUAUUAAACACAUUUUUCCACUCUCAAACAGUCUUUUUUUAAAUUCUUUUUCGCUCCCUCGGCUCAGUCCUGCCCUGUCCAGAAUUCCACUUUUUCACCCCAUUUUCCCAGAACUCUGAACUCCAUCACUCUCAUUCCAAAGUUUUGCCUCUUCUUCUCCUCCAACGGUUUCGCCACUUUUAGGACUUUUUUUUUUUUUUGCUUUUGAUCCAUUUUUGGGAGCUCGCUCAGCUGCCUCCUUAAUUUAUUACCACGGAUCCGGCAUCUCCCUCUCUCCGUAUUUAUUGGGAAGUGAGGAACAGCCGCAGACCCCUGGGGGUCCAUCCGUCCGUCCGGCUCCGGCCCUGUCCUGCUGCUCCCGCCGCCGUUGCUCUUUUUAAAGGGAUUUUUAAAGCGAGUUUCUUCCAUUUAUCCUGUUUUUAAAGCCUUCUCCGUCGCAAAGGACCCGGAUCCCUCACUCACGUGGGAGCAAUAGUCCUUCCUCGGUGGCCGACGUGUCCGUACUGUAUUUUGUACCCUCAGGCAGCUCUUUCCGGUGAAUUCCUGCUGUAUCCACCCAUCCUCCUGGUCCUGUGUUCUUUGCCACGGAGAAAAUCCAGAAACCACAACGGCGACAACGGAUUUGGGGGGAAAAAAAAACGCUCCCGGCUCCGCGGGACUCACCGGCGUCCGGCCGCGGGACCUCUCCUUUUAUUUUUGAAGAGGAUGAUAUAUAUAUAUAUAUAUAAAAAAAAUAUAUAUAUAUUCCUUUGGUUUUUCUUUCUUUUGGCUGAAUUGCGGUGAUUUAGCCUUAUUUCUAUGUCGGGAGAGCGGCGGAGUCGCUGCCGGCCCGGCCCAGCUCUAGGGAGCUGGCUAGAAAUACAUGGAAGAGAAAAAAAACAAAAAAAAAGGCAAAACCACCAAAAUCUGAUAAUAAACCCAAAAAAGCAGCUCCUGGCGUCGGCUCCGGGAGCCUUUCCCAGCCGGAGAAGCGCUGGAUCCAUGGACACAACCUCCCGCAGCUCCAUUUGGGUGGGAAGAGCAGAGAGCGUCGGGGGAAGACAGCGGAAAAACCAGCCAAAAUGAGAUAAAAUUGGGGGAAAAGGGGGUUUGAGGGGAGCGGCGGCCCGGGGGGGCUGCGGGGGAGGGGGCUUGGGGCAGUUUGGGUUUUUUUUCUCUCUUGGAGCCCCCCAGGAGCCGGUGGGUAUUUCCCAGGAAAGCAGGACAGUGCCGGCAUCUCCCCUGGGCCCCUGUUCCCACCUCUGUGUGUAUAGACAUGGCCGUGUGUACAUAGAUCAGAGUUGGUUGGGUUUGGGUUGAAUUGUGUAGAAAACGGGCAAAUUGCUUUUUUUAUUAUUUUUAAACCACAAGUGGGGGGGAAAAAAUAUCCCAAAUUCCUGGUACUUCCAGCUUUGUUGCCCCAGAAGGGCCGAGGGAGAGCGUGACGAUGGCUGUACAGACAGAAAGUUGGGAAUCCUGUCCAGUGCCCCAAAACCCGCUAGAAAUGCCCCAAAUGGCCAGGCCUGGGGCCAGCAGCACCUCCAGGGGAAGUUCAAACAGCUUCAAUUCCUUUUGUCCUAAAAAAUAUGGAAGAAAAUCGGGAUUCUCCUGCCUCGUUUCCAGGCGAUUUGUGGGCGGCAGGGGAUGGGAUAGGUGGGGCCGUGCCAGUGGCGGCUCCUUGAGUUGGUGACAAACCAACCCCAACCCCUUGCCAGCCUCUCUUGUAAAAAAGCAAAAAGUGGAAAAAAAUCGCAAAAAACUGGAAAAGAUAAAAAAAAAAAAAGCAGCUGAGGGAGCCCUGGGGGUACGUGGGGUGACGCCCCAGGGAGCUCGGCAGGUCCUCCCAGUGGGAAAUCCCAGGCGGCUCCGUGGAUGCUCCCGGGUGUUCCUGCAGGGCGAGGCCGUCGCCCUCAUCGGCUCCUGGAGCCGGUUGAGCCAGUGGUGCCGGAGCUAGGGUUGGGUGUCGGUGGGACAGCCUGGAUCCGGGCAGGACGGCCCAGAGCCCACAGGGUCGAGGCCCCAGAACAGUGGCCUGGGGGGCUCCAGCCUUGGAGCAGCGGCUGAGAGCGGGUCCGGCACGGGCAGCUCCCCCGGCACAUCUGGGGCAAAGAACGGGCCAGGAGAUUGGACAAACGUCAGUGGGGGAGCACUGGAUCCUCCUCCAAGAGCCAGAUCUUCCAAGAACCAGAUUCUCCUCUGGGACCUGGAUCCUCCUCCAAGAGCCAGAUGCUCCAAGAGUUGGAUCCUCUGAUGGCUGGAUCCUCCAAGAGCUGGAUCCUCUAAGCACCAGCUCUCCACUGAGUGUUGGAUCCUCCUUCCGGCAUUGGAUCCUCCUCCAAGUUGGAUCCUCUGAGAGUUGGAUCCUCCAGGUGUCAGACCCUUCUCUUCAAGCUGGAUCCUCCUCAGAGAGUUUGAUCCUCUGAGAACUGGAUCCUUGGAGCGCUGGAUCCUCCUCUGAGUCCCGGAUCCUCCUUGGAGAGCUGGAUCCCCUGAGUGCUGGAUCCCCCUCCGAGCAGCAGAUCCCCCAGGAGCGCCGCCUCCCUCCCUGAGUGCUCGCCCCAAUGUCCCUUUGCCGAAAAGAGAAGAAGAAAAAGAAAAAAAAAAAGAAAGUUUUAUUCCUGUUAUUUUUUUAAUGAAAGAAAAACAAAAACUAAAGCAAACCUGCACUUUAGGCGGCCAGGGGGGCCGGGGGGUCGGGGCCCCCGUGUCCUUUCCCUGCGGCCGGGGGGCGGCUCUGGGGGCCGGAGGCAGGUCCUGGGUGUUACCACUAGCGCAGACGAGGCCGACGCGACGAACUCCUCCUGCUCCGAGCACUCCUGACGUAGCAGAUUUUUGCAAAUGGAGUUUUACAGUCUAUAUUUAAAGAAUUGUAUGUUUGUAACAAAUAAAGUAUGCGGAAAAGUGAAUGAAAAACCA